AUGCCAAUAGAGAGUGGUGACAACUCGGUUCCUGGAAUCGCUUCCGGCGUUGCAUGGUACUACUUGGAUUCGAAUAAGAAAGGAGCGCUAAUACCUUCCCCCAACACCCUCGACAGUAAGGAUCAGGCUAUUGCAUACACUCUGAACCAAUUCUAUAGCAAAAAGUCGGAUCCAACAAUAUUUCACGUCAUGUACAACGAUGAGGUGAGUCUCUUACCGUAUCCUGUGGUUUUUUGGUAG